UCUUCAGGGUGUACUGUCUAGCCGCCAGCUGGUUGACAAAUGGAUAUAGCAGCGCUUGAAAGCCAGUCUAUCUAGCUAGCUUGGCACGAAAGCGAGAAAUAAAUAAUGGACUGUGUUAGUGCGUACAACUUUAACUUAUUGAAAUGUGCCUGUCGAAAUACAUAGUUACAGGUAAAGUAAGUUGCUGAAAUAGCCUGUCGGCGUCAUAAAAUGACUUAUUGCACCAUCAAAUUAAGUUGCUAUUUCUAGCUAGUUCAAGUUAGCUAGCUAUUGCUAAUUAGCUAGCAAGGCUACACCAAAGAAGUGGGCGCUAUCUGACUGGUCUACAAUCUACUUAAGCUAGCACUUUUGCAAAAUAGCUUACAUUUCUGCUGUUUCGUGUUUGACGGAAUGGUAGACAUUUAUGUAACAAGGCUGUUGGAUAUGUAAUGGUACAGUAUAUGUUGCCACCAGUUUUUAUAAAGUUCAGACUAGUUGAGUAGCACUAGCAGGUCGGCUAACUUGCCGCGCUAGCCAACAUAAGUGAGCAACAUAUCAGCUGACAGCUGUGGGCUGCCAAGACAAGACCAGAGCAAAGUAGUGAUGGAUCAACUCAAAGUCAAGGACCGAAUAUUGGAGAACAUUUCGUUGUCAGUCAAAAAGCUGCAGAGUUACUUUGCUGCCUGUGAGGAUGAGACUCCAGCCAUUCGUAAUCACGACCGGGUGCUGCAGAGGCUGUGCGAACACCUCGACCACGCUUUACUCUACGGUCUUCAGGAUAUUUCUUCAGGUUACUGGGUUCUAGUCCUCCACUUCACCCGCAGAGAGGCGGUCAGACAGAUAGAAGAGCUGCAACACAUUGCAACCAACCUCGGCCGCAGCCGCGCCUGGUUAUACCUUGCUCUUAGUGAGAGCUCUCUAGAAAGUUACCUCCGUCUGUUUCAAGAGAAUCAAGGCUUGCUACAGAAGUAUUACUUCAAAAAUGCGCUGGUUUGCAGCCACGACCACCUCACCCUCUUCCUCACACUGGUGUCUGGAUUGGAGUUCAUUCGUUUUGACCUGGAGCUGGAUGUGCCCUACCUGGAUGUGGCCCCUUACAUGCCAGAGUAUUACAAGCCCCAGAACCUGCUGGACUUUGAGGAGAGGCUGCCCAGCUCUGACAGCCUUUCCCUGCACUCCUUCACCUCCCUCACCUCCACCAACCUGGAGUGGGACGACAGCGCCAUAGCCCCGUCCAGCGAGGAUUAUGAUUUCGGUGACAUCUUCCCCGUGUUGCAGUCAAUGCCCAUUGCAGACUGGGAAGAGGGAGAUCUCACAGACCCGGUCAGUUGUCCUCGCUCCACCGGCUCCGAACCACAGACGGUCAUCGGUAACUCUGUGGCGCUUCGAGCCGCCGUCGCCGCCUCAUCUGUCAUCGUCAAGGUGGCCCCUCCCCCACCCCCCGCACCUCGGAGCCCCACGUUGAGACACAACCCCUUCAACGAGGACUCGGACACCAACACAUCCACCGACGUCACGCCCGUGCACACAGCCAGCCGCUACGACGCCACCACCGGGGACGACACGGAAAGCACCAGCAACGAGCUGGAGGUCAUCAGGAUGGCUAGACGACGCAAGCCUGCUAAGAAGCGUCGGGGGAAAGGCCCCACAGACUCGGCCAGCAGCCAGCCCACGUCCUCCCUGGAGCAGGUGGAGGCUGACCUCAGCCUCCAUGCCGCCGGGGAAGCCGACGCCUGGAGUUCCUCCCUGGGGCCCCCGCAGGACUCCGGGUCUGAGACCGUGAGGAGGAGGAGGAGGAGCAGGAAGGGAACAGGGGAGGAGGAGGAUGGUGAAGAGGCGGAGGGGCUGCUGAGACUGCCGGAAAUGACGGACACCUCCAUGGAGAGCGUGGGUCAGCCCCUGCGUGACGUGAUCGACCGGCUCGACGGGGGCGAGGUGUGGGAACGCCUGGUGGCAGAGGAGGAGGAGGGGGGGGGGGGAGGUGGAGAGGAUAAGAGCCACCACAACGGGACAGGAGGACCAUGCUCAGGGGCGACCUCGGGCCCACACCCCACAGGGCAGCAGCCCUUUCGAGGGGAUCCGGGGGGCGAGCCUCCCGACCCGGCUGGAGUCUCACUGCGACUUCUGGCCCCCAGCCCCAACUUCCUGCAAGCCCCCCCGGCCCCCGCUGACUUCUACUGCUUUACCCCCCACAGUCCAGACCCUUCUGCCCAGGGUGGUGGCCACCAUGACUCUGCAGGGUAUGGCCAGUCGCAGGCUCUUCUUGGUAGCUAUGAAGGUGAGGGAGAAACAGAGGCUCUGGCAGGACAAGAAGACGUCCUGAAACAGGAAGAGGAAGCAGGGGAGGGGGAAGGAAGUGACACGGGAGAGCAGUUGCAGGUGGUCGUUGAGAACGGAUUGGCUGCUUCUGGAGCGCCUGUGGAGGAGCUUGAAGAUGAUAGGCUAAGUCCGACGGAAGUCACUCAUCCUGCUGAGUUCAAGGUGGACAACAAUCACCUGCUCCUGCUCAUGAUCCAUGUCUUCAGAGAGAAUGAGGAGCAACACUUCAAGAUGGUGAAGAUGAGUACAGGGCACAUGGAAGGAGACCUGCAGCCUCUCUUCCUGCUGCUGACUGACUGUUACAUCUACCUGCUGAGGAAAGGAGCCGCUGAGAAGCCCUACACGGUGGAGGACGCCAUCUCCUACAACGAGCUGGACUACGUCUCUGUGGGUCUGGACCAGCAGACUGUCACCCUGGUGUGCACCAACAGGCGACGCCAGUUCCUUCUGGACACGGCGGACUCCUCACUGACAGACUGGUUCGUUGCAGCCCUGAAGUCAGCCAUGAUAAAGGGCUACAGGGAGCCUCCCUACCCCUCCAUCCUGACCGACGCCACCAUGGAGAAACUGGCCCUCACCAAGUUUGUCUCCCAGGAGUCCCACUGCGAGGUGUCUGAGGUGUGCAUCCGGCUGUACUCCCUGGUGCACUGGGAGGACCCCAUGGACGCGGCCCUGACCCCCCAGGCCGGCCCUCCUGGCUCAGGGGACACCUCCAACACCAAGGAGGGCGCUCUCUUCUACAAAGCUGGAACCGCCUACCUGGUCAUGGAGCAGUGGAAGCCUUGUUACCUCGUCCUCAGUAAUGGGAUCCUGUAUCAGUAUGCAGAGAAGACUGAUGUGAAGCCUCUGCUGUCAAUCACCAUGGGAGGGGAACACUGUGGAGGGUGUCGUCGCUCCAACAGUACAGAGCGUCCCCAUGCCUUCCAGGUGAUCCUGACUGAGCGGCCUCCUCUGCAGCUCAGUGCAGAGAACGAGCUGGACAUGGCCGACUGGAUGCUGGUGCUGUGCCAGUCCGUCUCCAAAGGGAUGAUCCCUCAGGGUGUGGCCCCCACCCCCUGUAUCCCAUGCUGCCUGGUGGUGACAGACAGGAAGCUGCUGACCUGUCAUCAGGACUGCCAGACCAGCUUCUUCCGCUCGCUGGGCGGGGCCGAGCUCUGUGAUGUCACCGCCGUCAGUGUGGAGGCUGACAAGGAGUACUGUGUUGUUGAGUUUUCAGUAGACCGGGCCCACUUCCUGCCUUCUUGGGUUCUCUAUUUCAGUGGCUGUGAGGAGAGAGACCGCCUGCUGGAGGCGCUAGAGAGCUCCUGGAGAGAGAUCUUCCAGGUGAGUCUCCCUCGUAAGAGUGUGCUGGACCCGUCGGUGCAGAAGCGCUGUGGGGAGGCACUGGCCCUGAUGAAGAGCGCCUGGCAGAGGAGUGACAGCCUGGCCCGGGGACGCUCCCAGAGAGAGCCAUGGUGCUGACACACACACACAGGUACAGCCUGGAAGCAGGCACACACACACACACACAGGUACAGCCUGGAAGCAGGCA